AUAUCAAAACUUGUGCCGCGAAUACUCACGUGUAAUUUAGUUUACCGCGUUUUAUGGGCAUGUUUGGUUUUUUAAUACAAAAUUAAUAAAAUGGCAAAACUCAGUUCCUACUACACGUUAUGUCCGCUAAUCGACCAACAAAAUCUCUUAGGAGUCCAAAAAGAUUCAGAUCCAGGAUGUGCCAUUGUUACUCUUGGAAGAAAUAUUGUUAUAAGAUAUAAGUUGCAAGAUUUGAAACAAAUAAACAGUUGGUCUAGCAAACAAAGACUUACAACUUCAGUAAUUUAUGAUAAAAUAGCCCAACGAUAUGCAGCAGUAUUUAAUGAAAGAAAAAUUAAGGUAUGGUCAGUUGAAGAAUCUGACUUGAAUAACGUAAAGGGAUGUAAAUUUCAAUUUCCCUUUCAUACUAUAUUAGUUCAUGAUGAUUUACCACCUGUAGUAGUACAACAAAAUGGAGCUACAGCAUCUUUAGAAUGGGCAUUACAAAAUAGAAAAUCUUGGUAUGAUGAAGGAAUAUUAAAGUCUGAAGAAAAAUUAUUAGAUUGCCAAUUGAUAUAUUUGAAUGGCAAAGCAAGUUUAUGUGGAUUAACAAAAAUAGAUCAAACAUACAAUUACGUUAUUGUCGAACUUAAUAAUGAUAAUUAUGUACAGUUAGAUCAUGUUAAAAGAAUUGAAUUAAAACGUACAUCAGAAGGACUAGUUUCUCAUGUAGUAAUGCAAAGUAAAUCUAAUGCAUAUCUUUUAACUUUAUGGACUCAUGGCAGAUUGUACAGUCAUUCGCUAAUUGAUACCUCUGAUUCAGAGCCAAGUAAAUUAAUCAGUGUUAUUACAAAUAUUGAUACUACGCAUCCUGUCAUAAUGGUAGCAUUAAACGAAACAAUGAUAGCUGCUUAUGGAGCAGACGUAUCAGAAGAAGGUGCUGUUUUAAUGAUAUACAAUGUGCAAUUUAAAUUAGUCCAAGCUACUCAAAAGUUAAAGCUUUAUACAAAGGAAGCUAAAAUGUGGAGAGUAGAGGACAAAUUAUUACUUGCAGCAAAUAGACAUUUAGCUGUUGCUCCAUAUCGUCUUGCACCACAGAGGAUAGCAGCAAUGCUGGGCUCAUCUGUACGCUUUAAAAAUAAUCAUGAAAAUGAAGAAGAUGAAGUAGUUAUAGUGCAAGAUUCAGUAGUAGCUCAUUGGGAAAAUACAAAACCAAUGGAAUCAAUAUUUAGGGAAGAUGAUAUGCCGAAAAAUAUAUCAAAACAAAUAUUAUCUUACAUAGUUGAAGGAUUAAGCGAUGCAAGAAUACAAGAAGUGUUAAUACCGCAAUUAAUUGAGUCUAAAGAUGUUAUUGCAAUAAAUUGGUGUUUAAAUAAUUUCAAGGAUUUAUCUGAAAAAUUAUUAACUGAUUUAUUAAUGUUUUCAUUGAGAACUUCCAAUGACACAUUUAUACCAUUACAAAAUGGUAUGAGUAAUGGCAUAUCUGACCAGAAAAUACUUAGUACCAGAAAUCGAUUUCUAGAUAAAAUCUUUUGUAUUAGUUAUUCUGAUGUUUUUUUAUUAUCAUACUUAAAGACAGGUUUAAAUUUUGACGAAGUACUCAGAUUAUUAAAUUAUUUAAUCGAAAAAUUAGAUCAAGAAACUGUAGAUGAUGAGUUUGAUGCAUUUGAACCAAAUAACAAGCAGUUAUACAAUUGGUCUGUUCUUCUUCUUGAUUCUCAUUAUCAACAAUAUAUUUUAUCUAAAGAUUCUCAAGUUUUAAGUCUUCUUAAUAAGUUGAAUUCAAUAUUGGAGAAACAUUUUCAAUUAUUGAAGAAUUUGGAAAAUUUGAGGCCUAUGUUGCAAAGAAUUAUAAAUGGAAAAUCGUUGAAGCCUUCCGUCAAAAAUUACAAUAAAUUUUAUUCUAUAGAAGAAAUAAAAUUUUAUUAAAAGAAUAUAAAAGAAUUA